UAUCAAAUUUAAUGAAUUUAUAAAAGGCAGAUCCCGGUGUCUCGACGCUAUAUCUCCGUGUCCCUCCCUAACCUCAAGCUUGCCCCUUCAGUCAAACACUUUCUCAGCACUUCCAAAAGAAAGAGAAAAAAAAAAAAAAAACCCUCAACAAAGAGAAAUCCAAAGAAGUUAAGGAAGAAGAAGAUGUCGUGGCAAACGUAUGUAGAUGACCACUUGCUGUGUGAAAUCGAAGGAAACCAUCUCUCUGCCGCGGCCAUCAUCGGCCAUGACGGCAGCGUUUGGGCCCAGAGCUCCAAUUUCCCUCCGUUCAAGCCUGAAGAAAUUACUGCCAUCAUGAAUGACUUUGCUGAACCUGGAACACUUGCUCCAACUGGAUUGUACCUUGGUGGCACAAAAUACAUGGUGAUCCAAGGUGAAGCAGGAGCUGUUAUUCGAGGGAAGAAGGGACCUGGAGGUGUUACUGUUAAAAAGACCAAUAUGGCGUUGAUCAUUGGAAUCUAUGAUGAGCCAAUGACUCCCGGCCAGUGCAACAUGAUUGUCGAAAGGCUUGGUGAUUAUCUCAUUGAGCAGGGCCUUUGAUGCUCUUUGGUGUGCCUAAUUUGUUGCAAUUCUUCUUGGCUUCUAUACAAGCGUGCAUCUGCCACCUCCUGUAGUAAUGGUUGAGUGCAGUUAAGUAAUAGUACUACUAGUAUUUUAUGUUAUGGGGAACCUUUUCCAGAAACAAAAGGCUUGGUGUUUGUAAUUGUGAUUCUUAUGAUAUCUUGCUUUGUUUCUGUACUUGUUUGAUGGAUACUUUCAAGAUUGUCGAGUGAGGUACUUUGUCUACAUUUACAAUGGAUUUUCUAGUGGAUUUGGUAACUUUA